AUGUGGUGGAGGAACCGCCUCUCCCACGUCCUCCGGCCCCUCCGCCAGCCGGGGACACGCUUCGCACAACCAGCGGGGCGCCUCAACAGCACAAAGGCCCCGCCCCCGCCCCCGCCCCCGCCCCCGUCCUCGGCGGGAGCAGCGGCGGAGGAGGCGGCGGCGAGCAAGCGACAGUCCCGGGCAGACCGGAUCCUGUCGCGCCUGCCGCGCAGCAUGCAGGGCUACGCAGGCCGGCUCCGCAGCGCGCCGUUGUCACACGUCGUGGCCUUCCUCGUGCUGCACGAGAUCACGGCCGUGGUGCCGCUCCUCGGGCUCUUUGGCCUGUUCCACUACGGCGGCGCGUCGGCCGCGCCCAUGGGGUACAUGAUGGAGCACUACGGGGACUACGUGCGGGACGGGACGGCGAGGUUUGAGCGGUACUUUACUAGGAAGAAGUGGUUUGGUUUCGGGCAAGAAGACAGUGACCAGGCCGCCACGGGGGUCGAGGCGGCUGGGGCGGCCGGGGCGGCUGGGGCUGAUGGCAGUGAUGCUGUCAUGCGCCGGUGGGAGGGCUCGGAUGGAAAGUACAGGAUCGUGGUGGAGGUCGCGCUGGCGUAUGCCAUCACCAAGGUGUUGUUGCCCGCGCGGAUCGUGUUCAGCCUGUGGGCGACCCCUUGGUUUGCUGGUUUGAUGGGCCGGGUGCGACGAGUCCUGCCCCUGGGCAAGAGGCGGCAGUAA